CACAUGAAAGUUGUGUCUUGAUUUUGUAUUCAUCAUUGUUGCAUUGACAUUCUGGUACAACGUUUCCAUCAAAAUUUCUCACAACUAUGGAAAAAAUGGAAGUAGACGAAAGUGAAACUGAAUUUGGAGUGCCUAACGCCAUGGAGGAAACACCAGCAAUCGCAGUUCCAGAAGAAGACUACGAAAUGGCAGAGCCGGCUAUCAACGAUUAUAUGAAAUAUCCGACAAAGAAGAAACACUUUGUGGCUAAAGGCCAUAAUCGCAAUCGGAGAGUCGACUUUAAGGAUGUCGCCGAAAUGGUGACAAUCACCAAAAACGGCAAUGUUAACGUAAAUCAGGUUCCUCUGCGCACCGAAGAGGAGCAGUCCACAAAUAUCAUGAAGUAUCGCAAAAUAUAAGCGUUGGAGUACCAAAGAGGAGUAGUACGAAAUUCGCCAGUCAUCUGAUACCUGAUUCUGUUUCUACUACUUAAAGAUCAGAUAACUCACUAAAAGACUUGUUUAAUUUAUUACAUUUUAGUGAAUGUAAUUUACUUUUUCUGUGCACUCUCCCCUAAAGCACUGCACCGCAA